AUGGCCCUGCGGGACAAGCAGCGAAUCAUUUACACUUCUCCCAUCAAAGCUCUUAGCAAUCAGAAAUACCGAGAUUUGCAAGAUGAGUUCAACGACGUGGGCUUGAUGACAGGUGAUGUGACCAUCAACCCUCAUGCCUCCUGCAUGAUCAUGACCACCGAGAUCUUACGAUCCAUGUUAUACCGAGGCUCAGAUGUUUCCCGAGAAAUGGCAUGGGUGGUGUUUGAUGAGGUGCACUACAUGCGAGAUCGCGAUCGUGGAGUGGUGUGGGAGGAGGUUAUGAUUCUUCUCCCAGACUCUGUUCGCUUGGUUUUCUUGUCUGCGACCAUCCCCAAUGCCAGGGAAUUUGCAGAAUGGAUCUGCCGAAUCAAACAUCAGCCUUGUCAUGUGAUCUAUACAGACAAGCGCCCUGUGCCACUGCAGCACUACUUGUUUCCAGCUGGUGGGGAUGGAGUGUACAUGGUGGUAGAUGAAAAAGGUCAGUUUCGGGAAGACAAUUUCCACAAAGCUUUGACAGCCUUGCAGAGUGCAGCAGAAUCUACCAACGUGGACACCAAGAAGAUGUUGAAAAGAAAGGGCAAAGCCAACUUGGGCGACUUGGAGAAGAUUGUGCGAAUGUGUAGUGACCGAGGCUAUUUGCCUUUGAUUGUUUUCAGUUUCAGCCGGAAGGAGUGUGAGGCCAAUGCAGUGGCCUUGAAGAAGAUGGAUGUCACGGAUGACGAUGAGAAGCGACUCAUCGAUGAAGUCUUCAACAACGCCAUCAUGACUUUGGGCGAUGAAGACCGUGAACUGCCUCAGGUGCAGAGUAUGUUGCCACUGCUGCGUCGUGGCUUGGGCAUUCAUCACGGUGGUUUGCUCCCAAUGCUGAAGGAAGUCGUGGAAAUUUUGUUUCAGGAGUCUCUCAUCAAGGUCUUGUUCUCCACUGAGACCUUUGCCAUGGGGAUCAACAUGCCUGCAAAGACAGUGGUCUUUACCAACACCCGCAAAUGGGAUGGUGUUGAAUACCGCAUUCUCAAUGCAGGAGAAUACAUUCAGAUGAGCGGUCGUGCUGGCAGACGAGGAAAAGAUGACCGGGGACUCACAAUCAUCAUGUUUGAUGAGAAGGUGGAACCAGAUGUUGCCAAGGAGAUGUUCAUGGGUCAAUCCUCCAAGAUUUACAGUGCCUUUCACUUGGGCUACAACAUGCUCAUUAAUCUCCUUCGCUUGGAAGGUGCUGAUCCAGACUACAUGAUUCAGAGGAGCUUCCACCAAUUCCAGAAGGAUAAGUCUGCUUUGGAGAUCCAAGGCAAAAAGCAAGACUUGGAAGCAGAAGUUGCAAAUUUAGAGGAUCUUCGUGUUGCAGUGAACGAUGACAGCAGCUACGCUUUCAAUGUGGAUGAAGCCAUUGCAGAUUACUACUACAUCGACAAACAGCUGAGCAAAAAGAUCGACGAGAGGCGGGAGAUCGUCAUCCGACCUGAGCACAUUGCUCCGUUCCUCAAUCCAGGACGGCUUGUGUGCAUGAAGGAUGGUGACACCGAUUGGGGCUGGGGCAUUCUCAUCAGCGCUGCACGGAAAAAGCUCACUGAGAACAACUCGGUGCUCGAUGACUCGGAACCGCAAUGGGUCUUGGACGUCUUCCUCCCCUGCGACCCCGAGGACAAAGACCGACCCCCGGCAGAUGCCAAAGCUGAAGGUCGGAUCUUCCCAAUGGCACUGACAUUGGUGCAGAAGAUCAGUAAGAUAAGAUCCAACAUGCCGACAGGCGACCUGGACAGCGACGAUUCUCGGAGGGCGCUGCUCAAGACUUUGCAUCAGAUCAAGAACCACAAGAGUUUCAAGCAGGGCAUUCCUGAGCUGGAUCCUGUUGGAGAGAUGAACAUCAAAUCAGAGGAGAUGAACAGCGUGGUUGCCACCAUCGCAGACUUGCAGAAGAAGCUGUCCACCAAUAGCUUUCAUGGCCAUGACAAGAUGCAGCUGUACUAUGACUGCUUUUCCAAAAAGGUGAAUUUGCACAGACAAGUACAAGACCUGGAAAAGCAGAUCAAUCAGAGUCGCUUCAUGGUCAUGAGUGACGACCUUCGAGCAAUGCGACGGGUGUUGCGAAGGCUGGAAUUCAUCGACAAAGAUGGCGUGGUGCAGCUCAAGGGCCGAAUGGCCUGCGAGAUCACCUCAGCGGAUGAGAUCCUCAUGACCGAGAUUGUGUUUCAGAACGUCUUCGCGGACAUUGAUGCCAACAACAUCAUCGCUUUGUGUUCUUGCCUGGUCUUUGAUGAGAAGUCAGAGGAUCCAAUCACCAACAACUUGGAUCUCAUGAAAGCAUUUGAGACCUGCAAGGGCAUUGCCAGAAAUGUUGCGGAGAUAAUGGUUGAGAACAAAAUCCCCAUUGACGUGGAAGAAUAUGUGCAGAAGCUGAAGCCGCAGCUGAUGGAUGUGGUUUUGCAUUGGUUGGAAGGCAAACGAUUUCACGAAAUCAUGAAUCAAUGUAACCUCUAUGAGGGCAGCGUGGUCCGCGUGAUCCGCCGAUUGGAAGAGUUGAUCCGGGAGCUGGCGACCGCUGCCAAGACCAUUGGCAAUGAGGAGCUGGCGUCGAAGCUGAACGAGGGUCGAUCUCGCCUCAAGCGUGGCAUUAUUUUCGCUUCAGAGUGCCCCACUUCAGUGGUGAGUGGGUCAAUGCCUGGUAGAUACGACUAUUCCGAAGUGGAGAAAGAUUUGUACCGUUGGUGGGAAGAUGCAGGUUUUUUUCGACCUGAAGUGGCUGAGAAGGUCCCUUCAGAGUCUGAUGAGAGAGAGUCCUACGUGAUGCCUAUGCCACCGCCAAAUGUCAGCAUGCGUUUGAAAGUGUCCUCACACGAUUUCAUCGAAUGCGUGGUGACCGAACUCUUUGGCUACCAGGUGUCUUUGGACAUUUUAGACUGGAAAAGGCGUCAAGAAGUUGGAAGAGAAGAAUUCUUGAGAAGGGUGUGGGAGUGGAAAGAUGAAAAGGGUGGCGCUAUCGUGGAUCAAAUGCGACGCUUGGGUGCUUCUGCCGAUUGGUCGAGGGAGCAAUUUACCUUGAACGAACACAUGAGCGCAGCAGUGGUCGAAGCCUUUUGCCGGCUGCAUGAGAAAGGCGCCAUUUUCCGGGGUCAACGCAUGGUCAACUGGAGCCCUGUGCUGCAGACUGCAGUGAGUGACUUGGAGGUGGAAUAUUCCGAUGUCCAAGGCCAGUUGUACUACUUCAAGUAUGUUGUUGCUGGUGAAGAUGGUGAAGCAGAGGAAUUCAUCCCCGUCGCCACAACUAGACCUGAGACUAUCCUGGGCGAUUCAGCUGUUUGCGUCCAUCCAGAGGAUGAUCGCUACAAGCACCUCAUUGGCCGGGACGUCUUGGUGCCCAUUCAGGGCCGACGCAUCCCGGUCAUUGCCGAUGCCUAUGUUGAUCGCGAGUUUGGCACUGGGGCGUUGAAAAUCACGCCAGCUCACGAUUUCAAUGACUUCGAGAUUGGUCAAAGACACGGCCUUGAAAAUCACACGGUCAUUGGACUCGACGGGUCCAUGAUCAGCUUGGAAGCCUUAGGCUCACCGCAGUACGUCGGCCUUGAUCGAUCCAAGUGUCGCAAAGUGCUUUGGGCGGACCUUGAGGAAGCUGGCCUGACAUUGAAAGUCGAGGACCACAUGCAGCGUGUGCCUCUCUCGCAAAGGAGUGGAGAGGUCAUUGAACCUAUGCUGUCAGACCAGUGGUUUGUGUCCACUGAGGUGAUGGCACAAAGAGCUAUGGAUGCAGUGCAGUCGGGAGACAUCAACAUCCAGCCUGACCGCUUCGUCAAGACUUGGCAAGACUGGUUGAAGGAGAAGCAGCCAUGGUGUAUUUCCAGGCAACUUUGGUGGGGUCAUCGUAUUCCUGUGUUUUAUCCCACCAACCGACCUGGCAGUGACAAGUACUUUGUGGCUCGCUCGGAAGAGGAGGCUCUUGAAGCCGCUCGCAAGGAGCUGGGCGAGGAUGUAGAGCUCAAACAAGACGACGACGUUUUGGACACCUGGUUCUCGUCGGGUCUUUGGCCCUUUGCCACGGUGGGAUGGCCAAACGAAGAGGCCAAGGACUACAAGAAGUACUACCCGGCCAUUAUGAUGGAGACUGGAUAUGACAUCCUCUUCUUCUGGGUUGCUCGAAUGGUCAUGAUGGGGCUGACCCUGACUGACAAGGCUCCCUUCAAGGAGAUCUACUUGCAUGGUUUGGUGAGAGAUGAGAAGGGCCAAAAGAUGAGCAAAACCAAGGGUAAUGUCGUGGACCCGUUGGACUCCAUCGCAGAUUAUGGCACGGACGCAUUGAGAUAUGCACUUCUGACCAGCAGUGUGCCUGGAAUGGAUGUGCCAAUCAGCAAGGGCAUGCUUGAGAAUGCAAAGGCUUUUGCGAACAAAAUCUGGAACGUCGGACGAUUCAUCAUCACAGAGUAUGAGAAGACAGCUGGCACCGUUCAGAUUUCCUUCGAGAGUGGCAUGACAUUCUCGGAGGAGGAGAUCAAAGCCAUGCCUUGGCUCGAACGUGCCUUGCUCUCAAAGUGCCAGGGGCUCUGUGAAAGCGUCACAGCAGCGCUGCUGGAAAAUCGCUUUGCGCCACCAACAAAGGACAUCAAAGAGUUUUUGCAGGAAGAUGUUGCAGCUUGGUAUGUUGAAGCUUCCAAAACACGGCUGCAGGAGCAUUUGGGUGGAAAUCCCAACAGUGCAGAGGCAGCGACUUCGCAAAAGGUCUUGCUGUACCUGUUGGAGGUGUCAUUGAAACUGCUCCAUCCUUUCAUGCCUUUCGUCACAGAGGCCGUCUGGCAGCGCUUGCCUCGCAGUGCCUCGUCGCCUGACUCAUUGAUGAUCAGUCCAUGGCCCAAGAUGUCGGCUGCCCACGAUGCAGAAGCAGAAGGUUGGUUUGAAAAGUUCUGCGCAGUGACAUCUGCUGUGCGCAAUGCACGUGCAGAACAAGGCAUUCCUCCGAAGGAGCGUGUGCCUCUGACGUUUUGGUGUGCAGAAAGCAACUUCCAGGAUGCUUUGAGAGCCGAAAGCUCUGCAUUGGCUUGGCUCGCUCGCGCAGAUCCUGAGAAGAUCGAGGCGAAGGCCAUGUCCGAGCGCCCCAACGAGACGCCUUCCGGAUGCAUUCGCGUGGUGAUCUCGGACGAGAUUGAGGUUGACAUGCCAGUGCCCGAGAAGGAGAUUGACGUGGGCAAGGAGCUCCAACGCCUUGAGAAGCAACUGAACCAGGUGUCCGCUUUGCUUGAAAGCACAGAGAAGAAGAUCACACCACAGUUCAUGGAGCGUGCCAAUCCGACAGCGAAGGAGAAGAUCUUGCAAAAACGAGAUGAACUGGCACAACAAAAGGUAACCAUAUCAGCUCAGCUGGAGGAGCUAAGCGCAAAAAUACCUGCCCGUCGUGAUGUCGUGGCAGCUGCUUUAGCUUUGCUCUUUGCAGCACCCCAAGCGCGCGCUGAUGUUGGAGAAGGUGACAUGCUUCCUCCGGGUGCCAAACAAGAAGAUCGAAUCCGGAAAGGUCUUGAGGCUUGGAACAAAUUGCCUGAGAAACUGACAUCUGAAGACAAAGACAAGGAGUGGGAUGACGCCAUUGGUUUUCUCAGGCGAAUCUACGGGCUCAAUGAAGAUAUGAAGUAUCUUACUCGAGGACUCAAAGGAGCAAAGAAACAGGAGGCCUGGCGACCAGCUGCCUUGGCGUUGCUGAACUUUGACUCAUCUUUGAUUCGGCAAAUAUCGUAUAUCGUGACCAGUGACAAGUGUUUUUGA